AUGGACACUCUACGUAUACUUUACAUGUUUAUACUGGCGAUUAUGCUCUUUUUGUCGGAAAUCAAUUUUGAGGGCUAUGAAGAUUUAUUUGACCUUUUGUUCCCACUUUUCAUUUACUCAAACAACAACAACAUUGAUCAAAUCGAAAAUUUGUUGCGACUGAGUAUAGAAAUUGAAGUCUUUUCUUGUACAAAGACAACGAAAAUUAUAAGUAAAUACAUGAAACUCGUUGGGGUGAUCUUGUUUAACGAAGAUAUCGAAAAUUGGAGAGUUUAUUGGCGAUUAUUUGAUCAGAUUGUUUCGGGCGACCGUUUUCUACGCAAACUAUUUGAUCUUCGUGAAAUUAUCGAAGAGUUACGAGAACUACAAGAUUUAACGCAAUUGGCGAUGUAUUGUAUAGGUCAAUGUUUCAAUAAACUGUUAAAUGUGUUACAAAUCCAGAUGUCGGAAGAUCUUAUCAAGAAAAACAAAAAUAUUAUGCCGCAACUAGAAAAAUCGAGUUCAGCACUUUGCUACUUUUUAGCGUUUAUACCCAAACCAGAACAGUAUUUUAAAAUUUCCAAUAAAAGCAAAUCAGUGUAUUGUAGUGAUGAAAUAAAGACUAGUAAAAUGUUAACACUGUCUGAUCCUGAAAUCUACGCUGUGUUAAUACAUAUUGUAGAAUUAGCCGGGUAUAUAUGGCGUGCCAGCACUCGGUUUAUUACAAGUGUGUUUGCAAUUCACAAAGAUCCAGAUCUUUGGCAGAAUCAAAACGAACACAAUACGGACUGGUUUUUCGACGACGAACAAAAAUUAAAGAAAUAUGCAAAUCCUGAUUUCGGUGACGGAAUACAUAUUUAUGCGGAAUUACUUGAAGCAAAAUAG